GAGGAAAGGGGAGAGAAAAGAGACCUUUGAAAAAAUGUCAGAGACAAAACUGAACACAAACAUUUGGAGGACAUACUCAAGAGCCUCGUUCUCUUUCUAAUCUCUGUCAUCACUUUGCUCUCCUUUUUCCCUCCCGACGCUCCCCGUCCUGCCCAUCCUUCCAUGAAUCCCAGCAAAACCGAACACCACCUCUUCUCUCCCCACCACCAGCUCAACCCCCAUGAUCUGGACCCCCCACCACCACAACCCUCCCAGAUCCUCGAUUCCUUGCCGUCCAUUCCCCGCGUUUCCGAAGACGACCCCACUUUCUCCCUCCCCGAAAUCGUCCUUUUCUGCUCCUCUUCUUCUCCUUCAUCCUCCUCUUCGUCCUCGCAGAGCCACUGCUCCUCCGAGUCGCCCUCCAACUCGCGUCACUCGCCGAUACAUCCUGCUCCGGGCCCCACGUCAGCCCCUGUUCCCAAGCUCCACAUCAGCCCCGAGCCCCACAUAUCGUCCCAGUUCUACACCUUCAAUGCGCAGUCCCACUCUCUGAUGAUCCGCUGCCUCCUGGAGCACCGACUCGCCACUCCGGCCGAGAUCCGGGCAGCCACGCCUCGCCCCGUCCUCAAGUCCUGGCGUGCCGUCUGGAAGGACCGUAACGAGGACACCGCCUUCCUCACAGCCUGGAAGCGCAUCCAGGAUAAGCUCUCCGCCCACGUCGACCCCACCAACGGUAACCAAUUCCUUUGCUUCAAAAACAAUUCCCAGCAAUUCGUUUCCCAUAUUAACCAGUGGCAAGAUAUCGUUAUGACUUCCCACUCCGAUACCGAUAUCAAACACCUGGGGCUUAAAGACACCAUUGAGAGAAUUAAGCAGGCUUGGACCGUUGGUGCCAAAUUUUACGGCAUCCCGGAGAGUUACAUUAGGGUUUGUGUCGCUGCGUGCCCUUUGUGCUCUGCGGCAUCAUCGGGGGGCUCCUCCGCUGCUGCGCGAACCAAGCGACGUAGGUUUGAGUACACCGAGUCCUUUGAUGUGCCUGCAAAUGAAGUGCCCAAUAAGCUUCAGCAAUUGGCUUCCAAGCAUAAAGUUGUACUCUGCAUUAGGCAGAAGUAUAUAAGGUAUAAGCCGUUUAUGGCGGAGGUGAAGGAUUAUGCUUGUCAUAGGGCAGGGGAGCCUGCCACGAAGAAGUCAAAGGUUUUGAAGAGGGAGCCGUAUGCAUCCAAGCGUUGCGGGUGCGGCUUUCGGAUUAGGGCAAUUGUGCCAAUUGCUAAUUAUAAUGAGAAGGAUAAGACUUUUGUGUAUCAGGAAGAGGGGAUGGCGGUAUUUAAGUUGUAUGCUGUGCAUACAGGGCAUGAGCCGGGGCCGCUGGAUGGGAAUGCGAGGAUAAUGCAUAGGUUUGUGGGGCAUAAAGGUGCGUUUUUGAUGGACCAGGAAACAGUUUACGGGGUUAGUGAGGAAAUGGAUGGGUUUGGGUUGGUGGGGAAGGAUGAUGGGGAUAUGCAACUUUCAGUUUUGCAGCAGUUGCAGGAAUUGAGAACCGAGGUUGGGCUGUUAGAAGGGAAAAUUGCAAAACUUCCGCACGAGUUAUUGGGUUUGGUAUCUCAGGAAUUGUGUGAGAUUGUUAAUAAAGUUAGAGCCGUUGGGGAAGAGAGUUUGAGAGCAAUUGGGGUGAUCUCUCACAAGCCACAUUCAGAUGAUGUGCUGGUUGGUGAGAAUGAUCUAGCGCAUUGGAGUGAUCAUCACCAUGAGCGGAUUUAUGGUGAUAGCAAGGGCACGGAUUUGCUCGAGGAUGAUGAAGACAGUUUUGGGGGGGCUCUUGGCGAUGUUGUUCCUUGGGACCAGAUGAGGGAAGAUUGUCGGAGUCAUAAGGAUCUAAUAGGCGAGCAUUGUAAGCCUGAAAAGUGGUUAAAAUGCAGUGACUUUGAUGAGAAAAGUAUUCUUGAUUGUGAAGAUACUAAACUAACCAAGCCCAUUAGAAACGAUGAGGCUAUAGUCACAGAUGUAGGUCUUGUUGGCAUACAGGUUGAUAGUUUCUACCAAGAGAAUCAUAAAUGGUAUGAUUCUCCUUGUGGGUUGGACAGCAAUGCAGAUUGCGAGGAUAGUGGAUUUGGGCAUGACGAGAUUUUGUAGUCUUCAACAGCAUGGUCAAUCUACUCUAACUUAGUCGUGGUUUUUUGUAGUAGCCAUUCAUCCCUUCUCACUGCCAGAAGUGGGUUGUACAUUAAUGUAUACAGAAGACUUGACACUGGAGCCGCUCACAUGCUUUCUAGUUGUCUUCGCUGCGUGUGGUUCUGUAAAGUAGAGCUGAUUUGGGCUUCUCUGCACAUAUUUGUCUUAAUUAUUCGAUAAUUAUGUUCUUUGCCUUAAAAUUUUUGCUUGGUUUUAUUUAUGAUGCAAAUUAGUGACUAUUACGAUCUGUUUUUCUUCUUUGGAAUUCUUGUAUAUAUUACAUGUCUUCUCUGGCUUCCACUA